AUGGCCGACGAUCGGCUGAAUUUCAACAGCCACGUUGACUAUGCCUGCAAUAAGGCUGCCAAGGCAUUCAACGCGAUCUCCAGAAUCAUGCCAAACAGUGCUGGUCCAAGCAGCAGCAAGAGGCGUCUUCUGGCUAGCGUAUCCUGCUCAAUCCUAAGAUACGCGGGUCCAGCAUGGAACGCAGCGCUGGAAACCCACCGGAAUAGGACAAAGCUGAACCGUACCUUUCGGUUGAUAGCUAUACGAGUUGCUACUGCCUACCGAACCAUCUCGUCGGAAGCAGCUUGUGUUAUCGCCGGAAUGAUCCCUAUUUUCAUUACGCUGGCCGAAGACAGUGAAUGUUAUAGGCGGAAUGGUACUAGAGGAAUACGUAAACGGAUGAGAGCGGAGUCGAUAGCCAAGUGGCAACAAGAGUGGAACACUGCUACGAAUGGAAGAUGA